CACCUUUGCUGAUCAAGAUUAUAUGGAAAAUUCGACAUCGUUCGAUAGAAAUCACUAUUAACUAUAGUAUGUUUUGUCGAUAAUAGAAGUAAUAUUAAUCUAUAAAAUAAUUCUUAUUUUUGAAAUUCUAGAGUAUUGUGUAUCAUCUAUUCGUGACUUAAUUCGGUGGAUGAAACAGUUGAACAUAUUCAAAUCAGCUGCGAAUAGAACAGUGGACGAUAUCGAACAACAACGUAUCAGCACAUAUUGUUUUCUCAUUUUAUUCGCAGGUACAUAUCUUCAUUUAGAAGCUGUGUGGCCUACUUAGUGAAAUGAUGUUAGAAUCAACGACGAAACAAUGAUGAUUUUGAUUAUGAGAUCGACAUUGUGUAGUAACUAAGGAUCAGAUGAUUUUAGGAAAAUAAUAUAUAUAUUCUGCAAGAGGAAAUCUUGCCGCUCUUUUUCAUAAUAGAAAUUUCCAUUAGUAAUCAUCGAUAAAAAAAUAGUCCUGGGAAUCAAAAAAUUCAGCUUUUCCCUCCUUGCAUUCUUGUAGUAUUAUCUAGAUCUAAGUUUUUUUUCUUCAUUCUAGGUUCUAUUCUUUGUCUUGUUCUUUUUAAUUCACUCAAAACUCAAACAAUUACAAUCAUUGAAAAAAAUCCACCAUUAACUAAAUACAAGCAGUUACAAAUCCUAUAUCCAGAUACACUUGCAUGUCCUUGUUCAAAUAGUACAAUGCCGUAUAAGACUUUUGUUUCAUUGUCUCCCAUUUUUCAUCAAGUAUGCUCAAGUGGUUUACUUAACGAAUCAUGGAUUUCACUACUAUCGAAUAACGAUCCGAAUAAUGUGUUGAGUGGUACAUUUAUUAGUAAAGCUGCUCAAUACUUUAGAUUACUGUCCAGUAUUUGUCAACUAGCUGAUUUGACAACUACCGAGAAUAUUGAUGGUUUUUUUGCACGCACUUUUGUUACUUUCUAUGUGCUUAUCGAAACAGAUUUUAAUAUUCAAGUUAAUGCAACUGUCAAGCAACUGACCGAAUCAAUUGUAAUCAGUUUUAAUCUUUUCAAUAUUAUGACACGUCUUUUCAUUCAAGCUGAUCAGCCAAUAAUAGUAUCACCGAAUUCUCAAGUAAUACUAAAUUAUAUAAAUACUACAGCUGGUACUAAUAAUCCACAAGCACUAGAAUUUAAAUUUCGUUUCAAUACUAUUUUAAAGGACCUUUUAGAUCCGAACGGCCCAAUAUGUCAAUGUGUUGUUGAUACCAAUUGUCAAGGACCAAUCUAUUUCGCAGCUAUGGAGGAAAUUGGUAUUAUAAAAUUACCUGGUGCUCAUCCAGCAUAUGUCACUAGUAGUUAUGUGGCACCUGGAUUGAUUGAUGCAUGUUAUACUAUUGAUUUCCUUCUUCUAUCAACUCUUCAAUGUUUUUAUACAGAUUCUGACUGUAUGAACCAACUGCUCUAUUAUAUAAACAAAACAUAUCCGUCGUCUGUAAAAGAUCCAAAUGUGUAUGCACAUCCACUAAUAUAUAAUCAAACAUCAACUCGUUUUCCUCCAAAUACUUCAAUUUCAUCGAUAGUUGAAGAAAUGAUGAUUGAACAAUGGAAUACAUCGUUGUCAUUUUCUGAUUAUUAUAGAGCGUGUGCACCAACUUAUUGCACUUACACUCAAAUAAAACAUGCAGAAACUCUCAGCGAACUAUUAGUGAAAUUGAUCUCAACGGUCGGUGGUCUUGUUAUGGUAUUACGACUAAUUACAUUCCAAUUUGUUAAGAUUAUUUUCGGUUUAUUACGAAAAAAACCGAAGAAACAACAAGUUCGUCGAAAAUUACUUGAUCGAGUCAAGAUGUUAUUAUCUAAACUAAUAACAUUCUUAUACAAAAUUGUUGAAUCUAAAUAUGUUUCCGGCACGAAUAUUCGGAACAUCAUUUUUGUCAUUUUAACUCUUUAUACAGUUAUUCAACCACAAACAUUGACCAAAUCCUUUUCAACACCAUCAUUAAAUUUCUAUAAGAAACUAAUAAAUGAUCAUAGUGAUGAACUUGAAUGUCCAUGUUCAUUGAUUUCAUCUCCAUAUGAUGAAUAUCUUCAAAUUCAACCAAUUUGUACAAGUGAUUUGAUUUCAAAUGAAUGGAGAUUAAAUAUUACAGCAAAUAUAAUUUCUAAUUUAUCUGCUUAUAAUCAAAGAGAUUAUCGUUUAUUUCUCUCUAGUCAUUUACAAUUUUUAAAUGGAUUAUGUCAACUCUCCAUGCAAACAGUAGAUCAAUCGAUUCAACAAUCUUUAUCUUCAUUAAUGAUUACUAAACAAUUAUUAUCAGAAGAGAAUUUUAAUUUACAAAUUAAUUCAAUGAUUAAUGAAGCAAAAUCCAAUGCUCCUUCAACACUUAUUCGUCUACUUUCCUUACUUCAAGCGACAAAUCAUGGAAAUGCAAUUGUCUCAUCGUAUGGAACUAAUUAUCAAUACAUAGCUCCUAUUUAUAGUACAUUUUCAACCAUUUUAUAUACUCAAGCGAUGAUGUAUGAUGGUAACUGUUCAUGUCAAUUAAAUUCUACUUGUAUUAUUAAUGCUUCGUUUAUCGAGAUGGAAUCGGUACAAUCCUUAACAAUUAAAGGUUUGAAAAUGGGUUGUACACCGAGUGAAUCAUUACUUGCAUCAACUCUUGAAUGCUUCUAUGAUCAAUCAUGUAUUAAUCUUAUUCAAAUAAUGGUAGGAUACAGUGAAAAUAUUACUCCAAUUCCUCUCAACAUAACUAAUAGUCGAUUUCUAAUGAAUAUGACUGUGAUGAAUCUUAUCAACGAUCUAUUUGUUGAAAAAUGGUCAGCAAUAAUGAAUUAUUCAUCAUAUUUUUAUAAAUGUUCACCAAUGAUCUGUUCAUAUACAUAUAUUCAACGACUGGAUUCUUUCUAUACACUGACUUAUUUACUUGGUUUAUAUGGUGGUUUAACUAUCGUUCUCAAAUGGAUCUCUCCGAAAGUUGUUUACCUUGUAAACAAAAUUUACCAACGUCGAAAGAAAACAACCAGUUCAAUCAAACCAAUAUCUACUAUUGAGGGUAACGUCGAAAUAAUGGACGCAAACAAUAUCAACAAUACCGCUGCUUUGUCACAAUCGGUGAAAACAGUGCCAGCACAUUCGAAAAAAUUAUUUUCGGUAUCAUUACAUUACUGGAUCUUUGGUUUAAUAGUGUUUAUACUUGUGAUAAUAGGCAUUCUUAUUCCAUUUAUUUAUGUUUUGCAAGAAAGAAAGAAUCAUUCUACAUCAACAGGUACGAUAUCCUUAAUGAUUUUCAUCAUCGAGUAA